CCUUCUGCCUUGUGUGUUGCAGGAUGUCUGAGGGCGACGGGGCCGGGGGCUCCGGGCACGGGAAGCCGUCCGCCGUGUACAGGUUUUUCACGAGGCUCGGGCAGGUCUACCAGUCCUGGCUGGACAAGUCCACGCCUUACACGGCCGUGCGGUGGGUGGUGACGCUGGGCCUGAGCUUCGUGUACAUGAUCCGGGUCUACCUGCUGCAGGGCUGGUACAUCGUGACCUACGCCUUGGGGAUCUACCACCUGAACCUCUUCAUAGCUUUCCUGUCUCCCAAGGUGGACCCUUCCUUGAUGGAGGACUCAGACGACGGCCCCUCGCUGCCCACCCGCCAGAAUGAGGAGUUCCGGCCCUUCAUCCGGAGGCUUCCGGAGUUUAAGUUUUGGCACGCGGCUACCAAGGGCAUCUUGGUGGCCAUGGUCUGCACCUUCUUCGAGGCCUUCAACGUGCCCGUGUUCUGGCCCAUCCUGGUCAUGUACUUCAUCAUGCUCUUCUGCAUCACCAUGAAGAGGCAGAUCAAGCACAUGAUCAAGUACCGGUACAUCCCGUUCACGCACGGCAAGAGGACGUACAGGGGCAGGGAGGACGCGGGCAAGGCCUUCGCCAGCUAGGCGGCCGGGCCGGGACCGGGAGCAGCGCUGGCCUCGCCACGCGGUAGCCGAUCGCGAGGGAGUUGGAAUUUCUUCCCAAAAGGAGCUUGUCUGUGGCUGGACUGCCGGGGGCCCUGAAGACACCGGCGCCAGCCCAGUCGCGGCUGCCCGGGAGGCCCCGGGCCCCAGCCCGCCGCGGAGGGGCCGCCCUGCUGCCCUCCCGCCGCCGUGCGACAGUUGCUCUGGGGCUGCAGUCGUAAAUACAUGGACUAUAUUUUAA